GGACUUGUCCCCUCGUGCCGUAUCGUACACUGCGAGAAAAGCCGCAAGCGUCUCAAGUAUCUACUAGGUAGGCAAGGCCAGAUGCUAGAUACGUACCUCCCUUGCAUGUAGUCUCAGAAUCUAGUGCCUUCUUUUGUUCGAGACUUGGAGUGCCCAGCAAGACGGAGGAAAAGGAAUAAAUACAUCUCAUCUUCCCCUCUUCCUCUUCUUUUUUUCUUCAUACAUACACUCAACACAAACACUUCUUUCUGCAAAACUUCCUCUUUUAUCAUACCCAAACACAUACGCAAUACUCAACCAUCAUGCCUAUCUCCAUCCCAAAAGCUGAAUCCCUCAAGGACCUCUUCUCCCUAAAGGGAAAGGUUGUCAUCGUCACCGGUGCUUCCGGACCCAAGGGAAUGGGUAUUGAAGCCGCACGAGGAUGUGCCGAGAUGGGAGCUGAUGUCGCCAUCACAUACUCUUCCCGUCCUGAGGGAGGUGAGAAGAACGCCAAGGAAUUGGCCGAGACCUAUGGUGUCAAGGCUAAGGCAUACAAGUUGGACAUUGGUGAUUACGCCAGCGUCGAGAAGUUGGUUGCCGAUGUUGUCAAGGAGUUUGGAAAGGUUGAUGCUUUCAUUGCCAACGCUGGUCGAACCGCUGACAGCGGUAUUCUCGAUGGAACUGUUGAGGCUUGGAACGAGGUCAUCCAAACCGAUCUUAACGGAACUUUCCACUGCGCAAAGGCUGUUGGACACCACUUCAAGGAGCGUGGAACCGGUUCCUUCGUCAUCACCGCUUCGAUGUCCGGUCACAUCGCCAACUUCCCACAAGAACAAACCUCAUACAACGUUGCCAAGGCAGGAUGCAUCCACAUGGCACGCUCCCUCGCCAACGAAUGGCGCGACUUUGCCCGUGUCAACUCCAUCUCCCCAGGUUACAUUGACACCGGUCUUUCUGACUUUGUCGACCAAAAGACCCAAGCUUUGUGGAAGUCGAUGAUCCCUAUGGGUCGUGACGGUGAAGCCAAGGAGUUGAAGGGUGCCUAUGUCUACUUGGUAUCUGAUGCUUCCACCUACACCACUGGAGCUGACAUCGUCAUUGACGGUGGUUACUGCUGCAGAUAAAUGUAUUAUAUUUAUUUUUCAUGACAUGACUGGGAUGAAAGGAAUGGCUGGGUUUUGGAGUUUGCCACAAAAUGAUGGCUGAUAUUUUAGCGAUAAUUCGAUUGAAAUGAAAAGCA